GCCGGGCUCAGCGGCAGCUCAGACGGAUCGCGCUGCGGUGGCUGCGGGAGGGGACAAGAGCCGCGACAGCGCCGCGACCACGCUGGGGAUUGUUGCGUUUGGGAUUUGCCUUCGCCGCACGGAGCCCGAACGCCCCAGGCGCCCGCCUUGGAUUACAAUUGCACCAUGACUUUGGAGGAGCUGGUGCCUUGCGAUAGAAGCAAGAUGCAGGCGGUGAGUGAGGCCGUAGAGCGGGUGCUGGUGGCAGCACAGCACCAGGACCGGCUCACAGUGGGUGUCUACGAGUCUGCCAAGCUCAUGAAUGUGGACCCUGACAGUGUGGUGCUGUGCGUGCUGGCCACUGAUGAGGAGGAUGAAGGUGACAUCGCCCUGCAAAUCCACUUCACCCUCAUCCAGGCCUUCUGCUGUGAUAAUGACAUCCAUAUUCUGCGUGUCCUGGGCAUGCAGCGCCUGGCCACCAUCCUGGGUGAGCCUGAGCCUGGCACCGAGCCUCGUGACCUCCACUGCCUCUUAGUCACGAACCCACACACAGAUGCCUGGAAGAACCAAGGGUUGGCAGAGGUGGCCAGUUACUGCACUGAGAGCCGCGACAAGAACCAGUGGGUGCCAUAUGUGUGUCUGCAGGAGCGCUGAGCCAGCCCCAGCCGAUGCCCGGCUCUGUACCUGAAAAAGGAGGGGGGAAAAAGUAAAACAGCAGGAAAAGGAAGGAGAAACAGCCAGUUAAAAACAAACAAACGAACAAAAAAACCCCAAACGCAAACAACCCACCGAUUUUAUUUUUCUUUUUAACCGGAGAGAAGGAAGAAGCAGACCGGCCACACCGGUGGGCACGGGAAGGAGGCACGCUAGAGCCGUGCCGUGCCAGCAGCCGGGUGGAACGCUGGCCGGAGCACGCCGGAGCCAUGUGUGCCAAGGAGUUGUGCUUGGCUGCAGGGACCUGGGGGACUGUGCCGAGGAGCCCCGGGACAGGCGUUGUGAGGAGAUGGAAAGCAUGUGAUGUUUUCUGUUUGGCAUCUGUGACUGGACAGAGGUGAGGACUGCAGGGGGAUGGAGUUUUGCAAACUGCUUUUUCCAAGGGAUAGAUUAUUGUCUGUAAUGAUGGACCUGUAAUCCCAGUGUCAAGUUUUUUGCACUCCAAACCACUUGGAGACCCUGAGCUUAAUCUAUUCCAGAGUCUAUUCUUAUACUGAUUUAAGAAAAAAUCCCAAGUUAUUUGCAAUAAAAUAUCUGAAGCCA